AUGACUUUCAAAAUGGCCAUUGAUACACCCACUUCCUCAACCAAGACCCUCGAGCUUGAGGUUGUUAGAUACGAGCAGCUCAGGAGCAACGACAACGCCGAGGUGAGGAAGCUAGCCCAGGCCUUGUCUGACCAGGGAAUGCUGUUCUUGGACCUCCAGGGAUCCACGGCAAAGCAACUCCUGAAAGACCUGCAAACCGUGAUACAGCAUCAGCGAGCCUUUUUUGAACAGCCGCAGGAGGAGAAGUCCAAAUAUCACACGGGCAUUCGAUACAACGGAUUUUACACUUCCCCCAUUGGUGUCGAAAAGAUUCACCUUGGUCGCAAGGAGCAAAUGGCAGGGGACCGGUCUCAACUUCCCGAAGCACUUCAGCUGGUGGCAGACAAGGUCGAAAAUGUCUCUUCGUUCAUCGACAAGAUACUCCGCGAGAUUGGCAUGACGUUGGCAAGCUCGAUGGAUGAACGAUUCCCGGCCAGUUUGCAGGACGCCACCAGACCCGGCCAAAGUCAUCUAACAUUGGGUAUCUCAAAGGCACGUGCCGGGACACCUCUAAUGGACGGCCACACCGAUGACGGUUUCCUCACUCUCACGUUCUAUGACGAGCCCUUUCUCGAAGUCUUGGAUAGGUCUACAAACGAGUGGAAUUUGGUUGAGGUGAAUCGCAACAUGCCAAUCCUGAAUGUAGCUGCCCAGUCGGCAAAGAACUCGGGAGGUCGGCUGUACAACCCCUGGCAUAGGGUGAAGAUGGGGGAGAACGAGAUAAACUUGGUCAUGUUUGAUCUGUUUGAAGAUUCGAAUUAG